AUGGGUGACUGGAGUGCCCUGGGCAAACUUCUUGACAAGGUUCAAGCUUAUUCUACUGCAGGAGGGAAGGUAUGGCUCUCUGUCCUCUUUAUUUUCCGCAUCUUGCUCUUGGGGACAGCAGUGGAAUCGGCCUGGGGAGAUGAGCAAUCUGCUUUCCGGUGCAACACUCAGCAGCCUGGUUGCGAGAACGUCUGCUAUGACAAGUCCUUUCCAAUAUCUCAUGUGCGCUUCUGGGUUCUGCAGAUCAUAUUUGUGUCUGUGCCUACCCUCUUGUAUCUGGCACACGUGUUCUAUGUGAUGCGGAAAGAAGAGAAACUGAACAAGAGAGAAGAAGAGCUUAAGGGUGUCCAAAAUGAUGGCGUGAAUGUGGAGAUGCACCUCAAACAAAUAGAGAUAAAGAAAUUCAAGUAUGGAAUUGAAGUGCAUGGCAAAGUUAAAAUGCGAGGAGGACUGCUCCGUACUUACAUCAUCACCAUUCUCUUUAAAUCUGUCUUUGAGGUAGCCUUCUUGGUGAUACAAUGGUACGUCUAUGGGUUUAGCCUGAAUGCUAUUUACACUUGUGAGCGAGACCCAUGCCCACACAGAGUGGACUGCUUCCUCUCCCGUCCAACAGAGAAAACCAUCUUCAUUAUCUUCAUGCUGGUAGUGUCUUUAGUAUCUCUUGCCUUGAACAUUAUUGAGCUUUUCUAUGUGUUCUUCAAGGGUGUCAAGGAUCGUGUGAAAGGAAAACCAGACCCCUACUCUCCCACCGGUACUGUGAGUCCUGCCAAGGAAUGUGGAUCCACAAAAUAUGCUUAUUUUAAUGGCUGUUCCUCUCCCACUGCCCCCUUAUCACCCAUGUCUCCACCAGGCUACAAGCUUGUUACUGGUGACAGGAACAAUUCCUCCUGUCGUAACUACAAUAAACAAGCCAGUGAGCAAAACUGGGCAAAUUACAGUGCUGAGCAGAACAGAAUGGGACAGGCUGGUAGCACCAUCUCCAACUCUCAUGCCCAGCCCUUUGAUUUCCAUGAUGAUCCCCAGAACACUAAAAAACUGGCAUCAGGGCUUGAGCUGCAGCCCCUCACCCUUGUGGACCAAAGGCCACCUAGCAGAGCCAGCAGCCGAGCCAGUAGUAGACCUAGACCUGAUGACCUGGAGAUCUAA